CCGUUCCCGGUGUUCCCCCCCGUGCAGACCCUGGCGUUCCUGCGGCGCUGCCGGCUCCAGGUGGGCAUGAAGAACAACGUGAGCUGGGAGCUGAGCCCCGCCAUCGUGGCCCGGCACUUCCUCAAGAACGUGAACGGGCUGGACACUGUUCGGGUCCCCAUGGACGUGGUGCAGUUCCUGCGCCCCAAAACCAAACGGUUCCCGGCACUGGCGGGAGCAGCAGCGGCAGCAGCUGGGAGAGCAGCCGGGAGCGGCUCCUCUGACACCCAGGGGGGCUUCGGGGUCCCCCCCGAGGGGUCCCCGGGGGGCUUUGGGGUCCCCAGGAUGGAUUUGGGGUCCCCAGGAUGGAUUUGGGGUCGGUUCCCCCCUCCUCACCUCACUGGAGCUCCCAGACAUUGCCCAAUUCCCAGAGCAGGAUUUUGGGGUUCUCUCGAGCCCCACUCCAGUCCAGAGGGAUCCCUGGGGUGGAUUUGGGGUCCCCGGGGUGAAUUUGGGGUCCCCUGGAUGGAUUUGGGGUCCCCGGGGUGAAUUUGGGGUCCCCGGGGUGGAUUUGGGGUCUCCAGGAUGGAUUUGGGGUCCCCCGGGGUGGAUUUGGGGUCAGUUCCCCCCCUUGUUCCCCCUCCCCACCCACCCAGGACAUCUCUGGGUCCCCCGAGCAGAAUUUUGGGGUUCUCCUGAGCCCCCCCCAAAUCCCCCAGAGCCCCCCUGUGGUCCAGGGGGGUCCCCGGCUGGAUUUGGGGUCCCCGGGCUGGAUUUGGGGUCCCCGGGAUGGAUUUGGGGUCCCCGCAGUGGAUUUGGGGUCCC